UUCCUAAAAUAUAACCUACAUUUCAAUUCAUUUCCUAAACAGGAUAAUUCAAUUCUUACUUUAACUCAAACAGCCUCCGUUUGCUUCCACCAACCUCAAGCUAUUUCACGAAUUUACAAUCUGUAAUUUAAUAAUAUUGAUAUUAUCGCCAUAAGAUUUAGCAAAACUUUUUAGCAAACUAAACGUUAUCAAACACCGCGAAAUCCAAACAAUCAAAAAACAUAUUCAUUGUGAAAAAGUUAGGUUAUAGUCACCCAGCUAUAGCGUUAUGAUGUGAAGUGAAUUGAACUCAAUUUCUCAAAAACUUUAUAUUUUAUCAGAAGGAUUGAUAAUACUUGUGAAAAGUUUUUCUAUAAAUAUUAUUAGAAAAGUGAAAUGGGGGCCUUUAAUAAAGCACGUAUUUGUCGGGCGUGUCAAAUAAAGACAGAGGAAGAGUCUCAAAAGAUAUUCAUCUUUACCACUGUAAAGCUCCCGGACAUCUUCAAGGAAACCACAUCCCUGGACAUUCAUGAGAACGACGGACUACCUAAAGUACUAUGUUCGACCUGCUACGAUCGCCUCCUGGAAGCCUACAACUUCCGGAAAAUGUGUUCCGCUGCAGUUCUGCACUUCCAAAAGAUUCUGUCAAUGGAAGAUGUUCCGGAAGAGAAAUACAUCCCACCUGAAAAUCUGAGUGAUAUUCCAUUGACAAAUGGUACUCGGAUAAAUAUGAAUGAAGACUCAGAUAUUUUGAACGCACCUAAUUCUCCUCUGAGGAACCAAAACUGUUUUCCGGACAAAGAAAAUUCUCUCACUGACAGUUCCGACAUACCUUCCAUUGAAAUAUUUAAGACUGAGCCUGAUGAUGAUGUUAUGGAAGAGGAAAACGUUCAUUCCGAAAGACUGGAUGAUGUUUUAGUGGCCAGGAAAACAGAGACAUCAAAUACAUCUACAGAGAAUUAUCAUCCUGCGCAAAGUGAUGAUUGUCAAGCUUUAAACAAUACACCGGGAGACGAGCUUCAGGCAAGCUUUAAUGAUGACGAUCCCUUGACCUCCAGGAGGCUGAGGAAUACACGAAACAAGGAAUACUUUUUACCAGGAAAGCCUACAAAGUUAGAAUGUAGAUUCUGCCAUACACAAUUUCAGCAGAAGUGGGAUCUAGACAUGCACAUUUGGAAAGAGCAUCUGGGAUUGGAAACUUGUAAAUGCACUGUCUGUGGAAGAGAAUUCAAGUCGAGCAACUCUCUAAAUAACCAUCUUAAGACUCAUAAAACUACGGAAGCUACUGGUGACCAGGAAAGUGAAAAGCAGCAAUUGUGUGGAAUUUGUGGAAUGGAGAAAGCAUCAGCUACUGAGUUGAGUAGGCAUAUGGAGACCCACAAGAAAAAUAAUUUGUGGGCCUGUGCAUUCUGCCACUACAAAACGGAUCAAAGGUACAUUUUGGUGCGUCACGUGAGGGUAGUUCAUCAAGGUAAGAAAGACUAUCAGUGCCCACGCUGUGAUAAAUCUUUCACCGGAUCAGUGAGCCUAGGACAACACGUCCUGCGCCACGAAGGUGUUAAGAACUAUGUUUGCAAAGUUUGUGGAGCCAAGAGAGUAACACAAACUGGCCUGAGGAAUCAUAUGCUUAGUCAUUCGGAUGAGAAGAUGCAUAUUUGCCAACUUUGCCCCAUGAAAUUCCACCUAGGCCAGAAACUCAAGCAGCACGUAAAAGUGGUUCAUCAUAGAAUAAAAGAAUAUAAAUGUUCUGUGUGCAAUAAAUCCUUUGGGGCUGCCAAGAACCUGAAAAAUCAUUUAAUGACCCACACUGGAGAAAGACCUCAUGCCUGCAGCCAGUGUCCUAAAACCUAUAUCGCACUCGACCAACUAAAAAUUCAUAUGACGUCUCACACAGGGGAAAAUAAGUGUCCCCAGUGCAAGAAAAUUCUAAGAAGCGCCAAAGGCUUGAAAUAUCACAUGAUGAUCCACACAGGAGAGAAGCCAUACCAUUGCGAUGAAUGUGGGAAGGGAUUUAGGCAAAAAUUUUCACUAAAAAAACAUAUGAACACUCAUCUAAAGUCCAGGAAGAAACCAAAGAUCCAGGGCAAAUCCAAAAGAAAGUCAAAAUCUGAAUCGAGUCUUAAAUCCUAAUUUGAUUUCUCAUUAGUGAAAGGUGAUUGAUUAAAAGUAUAAACUCUGUAAAAUUCUUUAAAUUCCUAUUCUAAAUAAAUUUAUUGUUAUUUUUUAAA